CGGUCCCGGGGCGCCCGGGUGUGGACUGUAACCCGAGCCGCGCCUCCGCGCCCGCUGGGUUGGUUUCGGUUCUGCCUCCUUUCUGUCCUCAACAAGCGGGAUAAUAGAAACGUCGGGGGCGGACGGGAACUCCCCAAAGAGUCGGCUCUCCGAGCAGACCGGACCCUGCGGAGAGGGACCCGUGUGAACAGCUCUAGGUCUGCUCGGAGAGAUGAAAGUAGUCAGAAUGUUAGUCCACACCUAUUCAUCCAUGGACCGGCACGAUGGCGUCCCGAGUCACAGCUCGAGGCUUUCUCAACUGGGCUCGGUGUCCCAAGGACCUUACUCCAGCGCUCCGCCGCUGUCCCACACCCCGUCAUCGGACUUCCAGCCGCCCUACUUCCCGCCCCCCUACCAGCCGCUCCCCUAUCACCAGAGCCAAGACCCCUACUCACACGUCAACGACCCCUACUCCCUGAAUCCACUGCAUCAACCCCAGCAGCACCCCUGGGGGCAACGGCAGCGACAAGAAGUGGGCUCGGAAGCCGGCUCUCUGCUGCCCCAGCCUCGGGCAGCCUUGCCCCAGCUCUCAGGCCUCGAUCCCCGGAGGGACUACCACUCAGUCCGCCGGCCCGACGUGCUGCUGCAUUCGGCACACCACGGCCUGGAUGCAGGCAUGGGAGACAGCCUCUCCUUGCAUGGCCUCGGCCACCCCGGCAUGGAAGACGUCCAGUCAGUUGAAGAUGCCAAUAACAGCGGCAUGAAUCUAUUGGACCAGUCUGUCAUUAAAAAAGGACAGAAUUCAGCGCACUUUAAAGAGAUAAGCAGCUUCUUUGGGCCAAAAUGCCAAGUUCCGGUUCCACCCAAAUCUGUGACUUCUCUAAUGAUGAAUAAAGAUGGCUUUUUGGGAGGCAUGUCAGUCAACACCGGUGAGGUAUUUUGCUCGGUCCCGGGCCGUUUGUCCCUGCUCAGUUCAACCUCAAAAUAUAAAGUAACUGUGGGAGAAGUUCAGAGACGGCUUUCGCCCCCGGAAUGCCUCAAUGCAUCUCUUCUUGGAGGGGUCCUCAGAAGAGCCAAAUCGAAAAAUGGGGGGAGAUCUUUACGAGAAAGGCUAGAAAAAAUCGGUUUGAAUUUACCCGCGGGCAGGCGCAAAGCAGCGAACGUCACGUUACUCACCUCCCUGGUGGAAGGAGAAGCUGUCCACCUAGCUCGGGAUUUUGGGUACAUUUGUGAAACAGAGUUUCCAGCUAAAGCUGUCUCUGAAUAUUUGAACCGGCAGCACACGGAUCCCAGCGACCUGCACUCCCGAAAGAAUAUGUUGCUGGCAACCAAGCAACUUUGUAAAGAAUUUACGGAUCUGCUGGCUCAGGACCGGACACCGAUCGGGAACAGCCGGCCCAGUCCCAUCCUGGAGCCGGGCAUCCAGAGCUGCCUCACGCACUUCAGCCUCAUCACGCACGGCUUCGGCGCCCCGGCCAUUUGCGCAGCGCUCACGGCCCUGCAGAACUAUCUCACCGAGGCGCUCAAAGGCAUGGACAAGAUGUUCUUGAACAACACCACCACUAACAGGCACACGUCUGGGGAAGGCCCAGGUAGUAAAACUGGCGACAAGGAGGAGAAACACAGGAAAUGAAAAAAAAAAAAAGUUUAAAAAAGAAGGAAAAAUGUUUUAAAUACAAAAAGAAAACAAAAAUUAAUUUUAGCUUUAAAAUAUUGGAUUGGCUUUGGAAGAAUUAUAUUAGGUAGAGUACACUUACAAUCAAAAUUUAAAAAAAAGAAAGCUAAAUAACUUUUUUAAAAAAACAAUCCUGAGGCAUACAGCGGAGCAACAAUAUCGGUUCUCAGUGUCUAUUUCAAGAUACACUUGGAGACAACCGUCCGGAUUUUCCACUUCGGUUCUUUCCAGCUUAGUAGUACUGAUAAUAAAAGAAAACAAUGAUUGCCCCUUUGGAAAACAAACAUAAGACUAAACAUGUGAAAACGCUAACUUAUUGGAAGAAAUUCGGAGAAACGUUGGUGUCAGUGUUUUGAGAGCUGGUUGACUGAGACGCACGAACUUUUAAAUUUUUAAGUUUUUUUUAGGAGACUCCUUGGCAGUCUCCGCCCUCCAUUCCACCUGGCCCCUCUCCCAGGCACCCUUUUCCUAUGUUGCCUUCCUCCCUGAUAUUGUUAUGGGAACCUGCAGGAUUCAAAUGAGUAUAGCCCUUUUGCGUGGUUUCAGUCCCUGUGGUCCCCAGCCCAGCCUGUGUUUCCAACUCACCGUGCCCUGUUUUCCCCCGAGGUUUGUGAAGUAGGGAGGGGCUGGGGGUGGGGGCAGCAGCUUUGGGAGCUGUGGCCCGGCAGAGGCUCCUUUGGCUGUGGGAAAUCCGGACCAAUAAGCUGAUUCAGACUCAUCAUUCAUUCCUUUCAGAAAUAUUACUAGUUCCCAGCCUUACCAGCAUCUGCAUACAGAGAAUCUUGCAUUUGUUAUAUUUGUGUCAUCUACCAAUUUUAAGAACUAUAGUAAAAAACAAACAAACAAACAAACAAACCAAAACAGUAUGAAUACGUUGAUUAGUAUGUAAUCCCUUCGGAGGGGUAUGUACCAUUUCAUUCUCUUCUGUUUUCCAAAGCUCUGCCCGCAUGGUUUAUGAGCUUCUUCAAAGAGGACUUGGGCUUUCUACACAGUCUAUAAGGGCAACGCGCCCCACGCGUGUGACCUGCGAGAGACGCGAUGGACGCGCCUUGCUCUUACUGUGCAGGUCCUGAGAGCGGUGGGCCACUCGCGCCCAGUCGUGUUGAGGACAUAGAAUCAGCCACUGCAGGGGCCGCCGGCCUCACCGGCCCUUCUCGCUCUCGGUCUCACCCUAAGGGCUCAGGCGACCGAGAACGCGCCCCGCGCUCCAGUAGGUAACGGGGCGGUGCCCCGAGGGCUGCAGACGGGGAGGGGUCUCAGGGCUGCGUACGCCCUUCGCUGCCCGCGGUCACUCCGAGUGCCCGCUCCCAGAGGAAGAGUGGCCUAGAAAUGUCCAAGGAAUCAGAAGCUUUCCCCUCUCCUCUCAGUCAGGACGGAAAUUCUCUCCACGCUCAUGCUCUUAGAGGGGAGACGGAAUGAGAAGGCCUUACUUGGCCUAGCAGGCUCCCUCUUGUCCUCGCCCUCUAGACAGAGCCGGGUGUGCGCCUCCCCCCACCCCGCACCCCGUCCACCCCCGCAGCCCGCCGCGUGCAGUGGCCCUCAAUCCCUUCCUUCCCUCCUUUCUCUGUUCAAGUAGGAUCCCCGCCCUCUUGCUUUUGCGUCAGCUAGGGCCGCUACAUUUAUCUGAUAAUUGAGUUAUUAAAGGAUUUGGUUUCCUUGGGCUAAUAAAUCAAUAAACAGUAGGAUUAACACAGGAGUUGCCUUUUAAGUCAAGGAGAAUGUUUAAGGCGAGACCCUUUGAGCUUUGUUUUCAAACCAAACAGGUGAGCUGCAGCUCUUUCCCCAGCCCUGCAUUCUAGACUGUUUAGCCCUGCCCGUUGCCCCCUCCUAAAUGCUGUGUCCCAAACUAAAAUAAGACCUGAGGACAGGAGACAGGAGUUGGGGGUGUGGCAGCGCUGCCCUCAAGCUUGCCACUUCAAAAGUUCAGCUAGCGGUUCCUUAGUCUGCAGGGCAUUGCCCAGCCCCUCAUCCUGAUGCAGGGGUGGAGGUCUCAGGGCAAGAGCAAAGGGCUGUCCUAGGUGAGCGUUCUAUCUGGAAGGGAUCUCUAACUUCUCCCCCAAGCAGGAAUUUUCUCUCCUCCUCUUCUCAGAAUUACUCUGUAUUUUCUUUCCUUUUUCCUGGCCUCCACAUCCUUAGCUUUCUCUACCCUCAACUAAAGAACUGAAGAGGCUUUCAAGGACUUGACCUUUGUUUUCUUUGCCCAAGGAAACCACUCUUUCUGAAGCAAUUAUUUCAUAUCGUAUGAAAACUUUGGUCCAAUGGAAAACCUGAAACUCUGAAUCUAUGUACACUGUGCUCCUCCAGUACAAUACAUUCCUAGUUAGAGUGUUCAUAGAGAAUUUGUCAUCACGGCUGAUAUCCUGGACUUGCAAUACAUUAUGUGGAAAGGAAAUAACCUUAAACCAACUGAUGUUGCCUCAACAGCCCAAAAGCAUUUUCCCUCCUUUGCUGAUGUAUAUUAAAUUAUUGGCAUAAAAAGAGAAAUAUUGAAAUUAGUUUUUUUUUUAAUGGAAUGAACACCGUCCUUCUUAAAAUUCCAAAAUCCACUCCUCUUUUGGCUUGGUUUCUAACUCACUAACAUUGCUUUUGCCACACAAUCAAGAAAUAUCAAUCUAUUGGCUCUUCAUGAGAAGAGCUCUGGAGGCUAUCCAUGUUAAGUUUGUACAUAUUUAUUUAUGCUUAAUUUAAUGGGAAUGUGUAAAUAUGGCGAGCAAGUAGUUUGGGAUUAUUUAUCUGUGAAUCUAUACCUCUGUGAAUGGGUGGUUGAAAAUAAAACCGCUUGACCCUAGGUAGAAUCUUAUCUGAAUUUUUCUGUUCUUUAUAGACAAGCUG